AUGUCCUCUAGACUCUACUAUAGACUCCCAAGCAUAGCAGCAGGAACUGUUGCUGCUAUGGCUCUGGCUACAGCAUCUGCCCCUACUGCCCAUGCUUCCAGCCGCAAGUCCAUUUACGACGAUGACGAUGACGAGUCCAUUGCUCCUGUUCCUGGCACCUCCGAGCCCGUCACUACUCCCACACCUGCUGCUGCUGCUGCUGCCACCCCCUCUAAGACUGAGCUCACCAAGACUGAACUGGUCAAUGGUGUGACAAUCCGUUCCACAGACACCCUCGAAAAGUACGUGGCGGCCGGCCGCACGUGGCUCGCCGAGCACGUUGCAUCUGCAGAGACUUCGCUCAAUGCUUACUUUGACAAGUACCUUUCUGCUGAAAAGACUGUGUCGACCACUGUUGCCGACCUCAAGUCUGCUGACGAAGACAUUCUUCCUGGCGCUAUUUAUAUUCUUGUUGCUGCACUUUCUGGCUCCGUUGUGGCCCGCAACCGUAACGUGCUUGUGCGCGCCGCAGCACCACUGGUCUUUGGUACCGCCGCAUUUGCAUACUUCUUGCCUGAGGCUUAUGCAAACACUGGCAAGCUUGUUUGGAAGUUUGAGCAGCGUGCCCCAGCACUUGCCCAGGCCCAUAUCGACACGGAAAAAUCAGUCAAGGACUUUGCUGCGUCGGUUGAUACUGCUGUCAAGGACGCCAACUCGGCGCUCGAGAGCUCAGUUCACACCGCUCGCAAGUUUGUGGCUGAUACUACAGGAUUGCAGAUUCCUGAUGAAAAGAAUAAAAAAUAA